AUGGAGGUCGAAAGAGGGGGAAAGCGAUAUAAAAGGCGCCAUCUUCUUCCUAGCUUCCGCAGCUUAAGCUUGACUAGAGCAUCGCUAGCCGAAGUAGAACAGCAUAAAGGCAUAUCCCAGCCACGCUUCCAAGACUUGUCCCAGGCCUCAGAUGAUGAUUACGUGGUGGAGACCAGCGAGACCAUCUUCCACCCGCAAGGCGGCGGACAGCCGAGUGACACCGGCACAAUGAAGUCCGACACCAUCAGCAAGCAAGUCACCUUCCAAGUCAACAUGGCUCGCAAGCUGCCGAGCGGCCAGAUCCUCCACGCAGGCAGCUUUGUCGGCGACCAGCCGCAGCAGCCCUUCAGUGCAGGGAAGACGCUAGACGACGUGAGCGAGCUCAAGGCGAACCAUGCCCCGGGAUCAUCAUUCGUCGAGUUCCAGGGCCUGAUAGUCGGCGAACACAAGGCUGCGAUUCAGCAGAAAGUCGCCGCGAUGGUGGAGCAGCGCUUGCCAGUGCACGUCCACUGGUGGGACGAGGCCGCGGUGAGGACGCGCUGCACCGCCGUCCCUGAUGCUCUCGCCCCGUCGGACGACUGCCUCGUGCGCGUCGUCGAGGUCGAAGGCGUCGGGGCUUAUCCGUGCGGAGGGACGCAUCUGCCCACGACGUAUGAUGUUGGAGAGGUUGUCGUGCGUAAGAUCAGUCGGCAGAAGGGUAUCAGCAAGAUAUCGUAUGAGGUUAGGCAAUGA